CAAAACGGUGCGAGCGUUCUCAUUAUUCUCCCAAACCAAACAGAAGCGUAGAAGCAGCGGUGAAAAUGGAGAUUCAAUGCAACAACCCGAGCUUGAAAGUGCGAGCGAGGAAGAAGCUGAUGCCCCUGGACUUGGAGGACUACAUGGACUUCCUGCUGUCUCACAGCCAACUCCAUCCCACCAUCAGCUUCCUGAACCAGAUCGUCGCCAUGCACGGAUUCAAGAUCAUCAGGAAGCCUAAGAAUGAGGUAACCGAAGCGGUGAAAGCACUCACUCUCGUGGAACCGUGGCGCUCGACGCUGAACGACAACAUUUCGUCCAUGGAGUUCGUCGCACUCGAGGACGUAAUCGCCGACCUGAAAGACCUCAACUGGCAAGAGUGCUGCGUCACGUCGAUUCAAACCCUCAACUCGUGCAAACCGACGGAACCAAAGGGUUCGGAUCCGAGAGGCGUUGGCGACGUGUGCGGCGGCGACCGAGCUUCGUCGUCGUGCGUCGUCGGAUCGGAGUCCGGCGAGCGCCUGGGGAAGCUGGUGCCGAAGAGCAAGAGGAAGAGAUUGAAUGCGAUACUAGGUGAUUGUGGUGGGACUCAUGAUGGGGGUCGAUCUUCGGGUUGCGUUUCAGUCGGAUCUUUCGGGUCGUGUUGAAUUGUUUUGUGUGUGGCGCGCUAUGGGUGGUGGUUUUCUGAACGAACCGUUUUUUGUCUUGGAAUCUUGCCUUGGUUUUUAGGGUUUGUAGAGGUAGAAGUACUAGUAGGAAUAAAUCUGUAAUUUCCUGGGAGGGUAUUUCAUGCAAAUUAGUGACA